AUGUCAGCACCAGAGGUUCCACAAGCACCUCCAGAGCAAGCCGCCCAGGCCAAGGUUACAGCUGAAGCUAUCGCACAGUCUGGACUCCUUGAACAGAUGGCUGAGAAGCGUGAAAUCAAGAAACAGCAAAAAGAAGAAGCCAGAGUUACAGCUGAUGCUAUCGCACAGUCUGGACUUCUUGAGGAAAUGGAAAAGAAGCGUGAAAUCAAGAAACAACAGAAGGAAGAGGCUAGAGUAACAGCAGAUGCUAUUGCUCAGUCCGGCCUUCUUGAAGAAAUGGAAAAGAAGCGUGAAAUCAAGAAACAACAGAAGGAAGAGGCCAGAGUUACAGCUGAAGCUAUUGCUCAGUCCGGCCUUCUUGAAGAAAUGGAAAAGAAGCGUGAACUCCAGAAGGAGCUCAAGGCCAAGGCUAAGAUGGCUGCCGAGGCUGCUGCUAACUCCGGCAAGAUCGAAGAACUCGCUGAGAAGCGUGCUAUCCAGAACGAAUUAAAGGCCAAGGCCAAGAUGGCUGCUGAAGCUGCUGCUGCUGCCAAGGCUAAGGAGGAGCAGAAGUAA